GCUAUCUCCUUGCUGGACUGUGGUAAACACACCAGGACCGCUGGUUAUGGAGCCAGGAAAGGAGCUGACGGGCACGUUGGCGUUGGCCGUGUUCACGGCGGCGCUGGGCUCGCUGCAGUACGGCUACAGCAUGGGCGUCAUCAACGCGCCACAGCAAGUGAUUGAGCGACACUAUGGACGCUCGCUGGGCGUGUGGUCGCCAGAUGUCACCAUCUUGUCUGCAAACAGCACAGCAGACUUGGCUCCGGAGGAACAUUCCGGAACCCACCCGUCCGUGGUCAUGUACUGGUCUCUGUCUGUGGCCAUCUUCUCCGUGGGGGGUGUGGUGUCCUCCUUCCUGGUGGGCUUCGUGGGAGACGUGAGAGGACGGGUAAAAGGUAUGCUGAUGGCCAACGUCUUGGCCAUUGCUGCUGGACUCCUCAUGGGGCUGUGCAAGGUGUGGCGGCCUCACCUCAUGGUCAUCGCCGGCCGCGCCAUCAUGGGCUUCUACUGCGGUUUGGCGUCCGGCCUGGUGCCCAUGUACAUCGGGGAGAUUGCACCCAAAGCUUACAGAGGCGCCUUGGGUACUCUUCACCAGCUGGCCAUCGUCAUUGGCAUCCUCAUCAGCCAGGUCAUAGGCUUGGACUUUGUCCUGGGCAAUGACGACAUGUGGCCCCUGCUGCUGGGUCUUUCCGGGGCCCCUGCUGUCCUGCAAUCCCUUCUUCUGCCACUGUGCCCCGAGAGCCCGCGUUACCUUUACAUCGUACUUGGCAAGAAGGAAGAGGCUCAGGAAAGUCUGCAUCGCCUCAAGGGGGCCUAUGACCCGUCCGCUGAUCUGGAGGAGAUGAGGAGAGAGAAGGAGGAAGCAGACAAGGAGCCGCGGGUGUCCAUCCUGUCUUUGAGCCGCUCCUCCGUGUACAGACGGCAGCUGUUUGUGGCCCUCAUGAUGCAUCUGUCUCAGCAGCUGUCUGGUAUCAACGCUAUCUUCUACUACUCCACAUCCAUCUUUGCUCAGGCGGGCAUCGCUCAGCCCGUCUACGCCACCAUCGGAGUGGGCGCCAUCAACACCGUCUUCACGCUGGUGUCGGUGGCGCUGGUGGACCGGGCCGGCAGGCGCACCCUGACCCUGGUCGGCCUGGGCGGCAUGUGCUGCUGCGCCGUCGCCAUGACGAUCGGCCUCAAGCUCCAGGUGGAGUACUCCUGGAUGAGCUACUUCAGCAUGUCGGCCAUCUUCCUCUUUGUCAGCUUCUUUGAGGUGGGGCCCGGUCCCAUCCCCUGGUUCAUUGUGGCCGAGAUCUUCAGUCAAGGUCCUCGCCCGGCCGCCAUGGCUCUGGCCGGCUGCUGCAACUGGACCAGCAACUUCCUGGUGGGCAUGAGCUUCUCCUACAUCCAGGCCUGGCUGGGCCCGUACGUCUUCAUCCUGUUUGCUGCGCUGCUGUUCGGCUUCACCUUCUUCACGUACCUGCGAAUGCCCGAGACCAAGGGCAAGGACUUCGAGGAGAUCGCCGCCAUGUUCCGAAAGGGGCGGAAAAAAGCCAAAGACGACGUAGAAUUGCAACAGCUCAAAGCGAGCUCGCACGCCUGAGCAUUUCUGUCCCUGCGUUAGUGUUAUGAUGAUUAUUGCAUCCUUGCAAUCAAUUCAACUCCAUGCAAAAAACUACUACUUUUAGCUUUACAGCAUAAUCAAUUAUUUACCAGUACAGCCCAAACUUUUUCCACUGAGGGCCACAGAACGACAAAUCAAAAUAUGUGGGCGUCAUUUUUGUAGUUUUUACCUCCAAAAACAGUACAAAUUACAAUAUAUAUAGUUUUAAAGUCCAAAAGCAGUGAAGUUGUCACGUUGUGUAAAUGCUAAAUAACAACAAAUCCUUUUCAACUUAUAUUCAAUUGAAUAGACUGCAAAGACAAGAUAUUUCACGUUCCAACUGGAAAACUUUGUUAUUUUUUGCAAAUAUUACCUCAUUUGGAAUUUGACGCCUGCAACAUGUUUCAAAAAAGCUGGCACAAGUGGCAAAAAAGAGUGAGAAAGUUGAGGGAAUGCUCAUCAAAGACUUAUUUGGAACAUCCCACAGGUGAACAGGCUAAUUGGGAACAGGUGGGUGCCAUGAUUGGGUAUAAAAGCAGCUUCCAUGAAAUGCUCAGUCGUUCACAAACAAGGACGGGGCGAGGGUCACCACUUUGUCAACAAAUGCCUGAGCAAAUUGUUGAAGAACAACAUUUCUCGACAAGGAAUUUAGGGAUUUCACCAUCUACGCUCCGUAAUAUCAUCAAAAGGUUGAGAGAAUGUGGAGAAAUCACUGCAGGUAAGCCAUGAUAUUACACACCUUGGAUUCCUCAGGCAGUACUGCAUCAAAAAGCCACAUCAGUGUGUAAAGGAUAUCACUACAUCGGCUUAGGAACACUUCAUAAAACCACUCAGUAAUUACAGUUGGUCGCUACAUCUGUAAGUGCAAGUUAAAACUCUACUAUGCAAAGCCAAAGGCAUUUAUCAACAACACCCAGAAACGCCGUUUGCUUUGCUGGGCCCGAGCUCAUCUAAGGUGGACUGAUGCAAAGUGGAAAAGGAAAGGCCAUGUAACACAAUGGUAAAAAUGCCCCUGUGCCAACUUUUUUGCAAUGUGUUGCUGCCAUUAAAUUCCAAGUUAAUGUAUAUAUACAAAAAAUAACAAAGUUUUCCAGUUGGAACGUUAAGUAUCUUGUCUUUGCAGUCUAUUCAAUUGAAUAUAAGUUGAAAAGGAUUGGUUGUAUUCUCUUUUUAUUUACCAUUUACACAACGUGGCAACUUCACUGGCUUUUGGGUUUUGUACUAGAAAAUGCAAUUUCAGUGGAAAUAUUGUGUGAAUGUUGAAGAGCUAAACCCGAACUGAAAUGCUGACAGUUAGCACGCUGGCCAGAUAGCAUCAAGUAACAAAGCUAGCAUGCUAACAGUACAAUGUUAACAGGGUAACAAUAGCAUGUUUACAGUUAACAUUAGACAUAAGACACUAAAGUCUAUACCUGUUGAAUUAGCUAUAUAUAAAAAAAAAUGUAGCGCUAAUGUUAGCAGGCUUAAAUGCUAACCUUAACAUGCGUCAGGUUUCAAAACAUAUUAGUCUGAGGUGUGUACCUGAAAAAUGUGUUUAAAAUGCUGGCCUGCUAACGUUAACAUGCAUCAAGUACCAAAAUAUGACAGGUGUGUACAUUCAAAAUUAGCUAAAAAAAAAAAAAGCUAGCAUGCUUACAGGUAUCUUUGGUCAAGUAACAAAAUAUCUGGCGCUAAGGCAAAUACCUGUAACACUGGCAACACAAAAAUAAAUGGAAGCAUGCUAAUGUUAGUGUCAGGUUCAAACACUAAUGACUGAUUGAUUGAUUGAUUGAGACUUUUAUUAGUAGGUUGCACAGUGAAGUACAUAUUCCGUACAAUUGACCCCUAAAUGGUAACACCCGAAUAAGUUUUUCAACUUGUUUAAGUCGGGGUCCACUUAAAUUGAUCAUCUAUUAAACAAGACAAGAAGCAAAGAAUCAAACACAGACAGAAUUAAAUUUGGACUCAAUAUUGAGGAGAAAACGUGUCGACCUGUAACCUCUUACAGUGUCACCCACGCUCUGCCAAAAGAUUGCGCUCCUCCUUCUUUAUUUGACUUUCUCCCCCCACCCGACCACAGCUGCUUCCAGAGGGAAGUGGGUCGUAAACAGCGUUGCCUUUGGUUACCGAACAGUUCAAAAGAAGAGGUCGUAAAAUAGUUCAAAAAGAGUUCUUAAAAUACUUCAAAAAGAGUUUGUCUGGAAAUUGGGCAGAUCCUGCCAUCCAUCCGCUUUGAAGUCACAGUGGAGUUUUACGAGCCUCCCUCCCGGUAGGCCCCAAAGACAGCUCCCGUCCCCCUGCCAGGAACUCAAUGUAAUACAAAGCUUGUGUGAUCAUUUAGAAACAAUUAUUGCAACAGUUAGAAUGCUAACAAUUGUGCAGCGGGCCGUUAGAAAGUUAGCUACAGGCCGCUAAUAGCCCCCGUGCCGUACUAUGGACACCCUUGCCUGGGUUGGAGGUUAAGGUGCUUUACCUCGGUAAUGUUUUUAGUUUGGACAUUAACGUUAAGAUCAAAUAUAAGAUGGAAUAGCAGGGUAAGACUGAAAAUGACAUAUUACUUAUGUCUUACCAAAAUAAGAUAACCUUGAACAAUUUGGAUGAAAUAUUGCAAUAUUAGGAGAGUAUCAUUAUUAGAAUUGGAAAAAAGGUUUUCACGAGAAACGUCAUCAUUUUAUGGUAGUCAUGUGUACGUUUUAUCAAAUCAAAUGAAUUACCUUGCAGAACGUAUUUAAAUCAUAACAUCAAAUAUAAAAUAUAAAAAUAAUAAGUAAUACACUGCAAAAAGUCAGUGUUCAAAAACAAGAAAAAAAAAUACAAAAAUGAGGGGUAUUUUACUUGAAUUAAGCAAAAUUAUCUGCCAAUAGAACAAGAAAAUUUGGCUUGUCAAUACUUUCCAAAACAAGUAAAAUUAGCUAACUUCAAUGAACCCAAAAAUAGCUUAAAAUAAGUAUAUUCUCACUAAUAACAAGUGCACUUUUCUUGGUAGAAAAAAAAAGAGACCUUUUUGCUCAAUAUGUUGAAAAAUAUUCUUAAAUGAAGUAAAUGCUAGUGCCAUUAUCUUGACAUAAUGAUAUUACAUUUCUUCAAACCAGCAAACUUAUACUAAAAACUCAUUUAUUGUUCUUAAUGGUAAGUCAACAAGGCAAGCGCUUGUUACUCUCGGGGUCUCCUAGCCGCUCAGGCAAAUCAUAUGGUCUAAAAAUGCAUUUUUCCAUGGAUAACAUGACAUCAUCGCGCCAAGUGCGUGCUCUUUCAGUCAAUUAGUGCGCAUAUAUACAGCCCAUCAUCUGUUUUAAUUACGAGACACAAUUGUGUCAAAGUCAUGAUUUUUUUUUCAUGCUUGAAAUAAGAAAUGAUGACUUUAAAAAAGUAGUUUUCUACUUGUGAGUGUUGAUGACACAACAGUUGAUGUUCUAGUUUCAAGCAUGUUUUACUCAAUAUAGCUCGUCAAAUCUCAGCAACAAGCUGUAAUAUCUUACUGACAUCAUUUAGGAGCAAAACACUUCAAAGUAAAACACUCUUAACAUCAAAUCUGCUUAGUGAGAAGAAUGAUCUUAUCAGACAGAAAAUAAGCAAAUAUCAGCCUUAUUUGACAUAUUUCAUCUUACUUAGAUUUACAUUUUUGCAGUGUAGUCAGAAAAUGAAAGUUGUAAUUGUAAAAAGUGUCAACAAUUUUUCUUCUUCAAAUCGACAGUUGACCUGCUACUUACUAAUGUCUUAAUUAUUUAUUUUAAAAACAUUUAUAUUUAUUUCCCGUCAAUCUGGAAUUUUAAAUGAUUACUUUUUUUUUUAGGCAAAUUUUGGAUGUAUUUCUCCUGUUAUUUCAAUGUAGUCCCUGCGAGUCCAUGUGUCAUAUUUGGGAUGUUUACAUUCCGUCUACUACAGUAUUGUAAUGUUAUAUGAGUAUAACAUCUGUAUAAUUGACCGCGUAUUAAUUAUCACGCGUCUACCUCAUUGUGAUAGUAUUAUUAUUCACGAUCUUUGGUGAUCUUGUGUCUUGCGCAGGGGAGAGAAUAAACGUGAGGCCGUUCAAGUUCAA